AAAGGAAGGGAGCCCUCUUUGUUUUUCCUGCUCCUUGCGGGUGCCCAGCCUUUGCAGUGAGGAAGGGCAGUCCAAAAAAUAAUAAUAAAAAUACAGGAUACAUGAAUGGAGGACCUGGCAAAGCAUCCUUCAUCAGAUAGCCUUCAUCAGAGGUAGAAAAUACAGGCUUUGAUUAAAGAGACACUGUUGGACAGCCACCCUCUGCUUCACCAUGCUUGACUUCUUAGCUGAGAACAAUAACUGUGGGCAGGCAAUUCUUAGGAUUGUUUCUUGUGGAAAUGCGAUAAUUGCGGAAUUCCUCAGACUCUCCGAGUUCAUUCCAGGUGUGUUCCGGCUCAAAGACAAGGCUGAUCAACAGAAGUAUGGUGAUAUCAUAUUUGAUUUCAGCUAUUUCAAGGGACCUGAGGCUUGCGAAGGAAGGUUGGAAGCUAAACCAGAACUCCAGGAUCUAGAUGACGAAUUUCGUGAAAACAACAUUGAAAUCUUGACAAGAUUUUAUCAAGCCUUCCAAAGUGUCCAUAAAUAUAUAGUUGAUUUAAACCGGUAUCUGGAUGACCUCAAUGAAGGGGUUUAUAUUCAGCAAACCUUGGAAACGGUGCUGCUUAAUGAGGAUGGGAAACAGCUGUUGUGCGAAGCCCUUUACUUAUACGGUGUCAUGUUGUUGGUGAUCGACCAGAAAAUUGAAGGGGAGGUCCGGGAAAGGAUGCUUGUUUCCUACUAUAGAUACAGCGCUGCCCGCUCUGCGGACUCCAACAUAGAUGAUAUAUGCAAGCUGUUUCGGAGCACCGGCUAUUCAAGCCAGCCUGGAGCAAAGAGGCCCCCAAAUUAUCCCGAGAGUUACUUCAGCAGGGUUCCCAUUAAUGAAACCUACAUCAGCAUGGUCAUCGGCCGCCUGAGAUCAGAUGAUAUCUAUAACCAGGUGUCCGCAUAUCCAUUACCAGAGCACCGCAGCACCGCCCUCGCUACUCAGGCUGCCAUGUUGUAUGUGACACUUUAUUUCGAGGCGUCCAUUCUUCACACGCAACAAGCAAAAAUGAGAGAAAUCGUGGAUAAAUAUUUUCCAGAUAACUGGGUUGUUAGCAUUUACAUGGGAAUCACUGUCAAUCUAGCAGAAGCUUGGGAGCCUUACAGAGCUGCAAAGACUGCACUGAACUACACGUUGGAUCUUUCAAAUGUUAAGGAACAGGCGAGCAGGUAUGCUGCCGUCAUGGCACGUGUUCACACCCAGGUGCAGCAGUUUCUGAAGGAAGGCUACCUGAGAGAGGAACUGGUUCUUGACCACAUCCCCAAGCUGCUGAACUGCUUAAGGGACUGCAAUGUGGCGAUCCGGUGGCUGAUGCUUCAUACAGCAGACUUGGGCGGUGAUCCAAAUAACAAGCGCCUGCGUCAAAUAAAGGACCAAGUUCUGGCAGAUUCCAAGUAUAACCCUAAGACCCUUUUCCAGCUUCUCCUGGAUACAGCUCAGUUUGAAUUCAUCUUGAAAGAGAUGUUCAAGCAAAUGCUUUCCGAAAAACAAGCAAAAUGGGAAAGCUACAGAAAAGAAGGUUCGGAAAGGAUGGCUGAAUUGGCUGAUGUCUUUUCUGGUGUUAAACCUCUAACAAGAGUGGAGAAAAAUGAAAACCUACAAGCCUGGUUCAGGGAAAUCUCCAAACAAAUAAUGUCUCUAAAUUAUGAUGACUCUACUGCAGCGGGCAGGAAGACUGUGCAGUUAAUACAGGCUUUGGAGGAGGUUCAAGAGUUUCACCAGCUGGAAACCAACCUGCAAGUUUGCCAGUUCCUAGCCGACUCUCGCAAGUUUCUCCAUCAGAUGAUCCGCACCAUCAACAUCAAGGAAGAGGUUUUGAUCACCAUGCAGAUAGUCGGUGAUCUUUCGUACGCUUGGCAACUCAUCGACAGUUUCACUUCAAUCAUGCAGGAAAGCAUAAGAGCCACCCCAUCUAUGGUAACCAAACUCAGAGCCACAUUCUUAAAGUUGGCUUCAGCCCUUGAUAUGCCACUGCUUCGUAUCAAUCAAGCCAACAGCCCUGAUCUUCUCAGUGUGUCACAAUAUUAUUCUGGUGAACUGGUGUCCUAUGUGAGAAAAGUUUUGCAGAUCAUUCCCGAAAGCAUGUUUACCUCCCUCCUGAAGAUUAUAAAGCUGCAGACCCACGACAUCGUUGAAGUGCCUACCCGUUUGGACAAAGACAAAUUGCGGGAUUAUGCUCAGCUCGGGCCACGAUAUGAGGUUGCUAAACUAACACAUGCCAUCUCGAUUUUCACGGAAGGCAUCCUGAUGAUGAAAACGACCUUGGUUGGCAUCAUCAAGGUAGACCCAAAGCAGCUUCUGGAAGACGGGAUAAGGAAAGAGCUGGUAAAACGGGUGGCCCUCGCUCUGCACCGAGGACUCAUUUUCAACCCCAAAGCCAAGCCCAGUGAACUCAUGCCCAAGCUGAAAGACAUGGCGGCGACCAUGGAUGGCUUCCAUCGUUCCUUUGAGUAUAUCCAGGAUUACGUCAACAUCUAUGGCUUAAAGAUCUGGCAGGAAGAAGUCUCGCGGAUUAUCAAUUACAACGUGGAACAAGAGUGCAAUAACUUCUUGAGGACAAAGAUUCAGGACUGGCAAAGCAUAUACCAGUCCACCCGCAUCCCAAUACCAAAAUUUGCACCCGUGGAUGAAUCGGUAACAUUUAUUGGGCGUCUCUGUCGAGAAAUUCUGAGGAUUACAGACCCCAAGAUUGCAUGUUACAUUGACCAGCUCAAUACCUGGUACGAUAUGAAGACUCGCCAAGAGGUCACCAACAGCCGCCUGUUUUCUGAGAUUCAGGGUGCUUUAGGCACUUUCGGCCUGAAUGGUUUGGACAGGCUGCUUUGCUUCAUGAUUGUGAAAGAGCUACAGAAUUUCCUCAGCAUGCUUCAGAAAACAGUCCUGCGUGAUAAAGGAGUACACGAGGCCCUGAAAUCUCUCAUGAAAUCUGUCAGCCCUCUGAAAGGAAUUGUGGCCAAUUCGGUCAAAGUGUAUUCUACAGCAGUAACCAAAACUCAGAAGAUAUGGGGUGGCUACCUUGAUGUGAUUAUGAAGGUAUGUUGAUUCUAAGUUACUCUUUGAACAAAAU